AUGGAUAUUAAAGUGGGUUUAGCCGGUUUAGUAAUCGGGCACGAUGAAGCCGAGAUCAAUAGCAUUCAAAAGGAAAGUGGCGCAAUAGUCAAUUUAGUCAACAACAAUACUAACAACUCAUGUAUUGUGAAAGCAAACGAACAAUCUUCAUCUCGUCUCGAAACUAUUACCCCCAUCAACACACAAUCGGCUGAGGCAGAAAGAGAAAACGAAGAGGAGAUACUUCAACACGCGUCAUCAUUACCGCAGAUAAUUAAGAAAUUUUAUAUUGAGCACAAUGAAGUGAAGACUAUGAGUUCCAAAGAAGCAGAAUUAUAUAAAAAGAGAAAAAAUAACAUUAGCUUGAGUUACUCAUUAAAAUUUGAUAAUAAACACAUUCAACUUUCAACGGUACUACUGAAACCGGUAAAAACAUUCUAUCAUGCUUUUCACAAUUAUCCUGAAAUCAUGGCUGUGAUAAAUCAACAGGAAUUCGAAGAACCGUCGCCUAUACAAUGCCAGGCUUGGCCAUAUAUUAUGAGAGGACACGACUUGGUAAUUACUGCUCAGACAGGUACUGGAAAAACAUUGGCCUAUAUACUUCCGGCCCUUAUUAAUUUGAUGCGACAGCCUGUUCCGCGCGAACAACGCAUUGGACCAUAUGUGCUUAUAUUGGGUCCAACCAGAGAUCUCGUAAUAGAAAUCGAAGAAGAAAUAAAAAAAUAUUUGUUCGGCGGAAUCUCUGUGCACAGUGUGUAUAAUGACUAUAAUAGACCUGAAUUUAAGCAUUUUAAGAUAAACCGUCUAUUAAAUUAUAUACCGGAUAUUAUUGUCGCCACUCCUGAUGGACUCUAUGAUAUGGUUGAGCAAAAGGCUGUUACUCUCGAACAUGUUGUGUAUUUGGUAUUUGAUGAAAUUCAUUUAAUGGAGGGCUUAGGUAUCAAAGAUACAAUAGACUUGUCACUAAAACAAAUACGCCCUGACAGACAAAUUAUUAUGACUAGUUCCUCAUGGAAACAUAAGUUCUAUGACAUUUUCCAGAAGUAUUACAGAUUAUAUAUCGAAGAUCCAAUCGAAAUUCAGAUCGAAAAAUUUGAUUUAACUACUGUGAAAGGAGUAGAACAGACAGUUAUUGUGCUUCAUGAAAAGGAGAAGAGACGCUGGCUGAGAGACUUUAUUUUUAAUAAGAUAUAUAAGAAAGAUAGAGUAAUUAUAUUCAUGAAUACAAGGUUUAUUGCUGAAACUCAACAAACGUGGCUUUCUCGUCUUAAUAUUUCAUACAGGUAUCUAGUAUUAAUUAUAACUCAGAAGCCUAUUUUAAUAAAACUAAAACUGAUAAUUGAUUUUCAGGUGUAUAUCUGGAAAAAGUUCGCAAAUGGAAAAAGAGGAAUUGUUGGCUGACCUGCGCAAUGGAGCUGUGAACAUUAUCAUUGCUACAAAUGUGGGGGUUAGAGGUAUCGAUAUCCCUGACAUAAAUUUGGUCAUAAACUACGAUUAUCCAUUAGUCCUUGAACAGUAUGUUCACAAUGUGGGUAGAACUGGAAGAUCAGGAAGAACAGAUGAGAUACAUAAGGCAAUUACUUUAUUUACUCAAAAGGAUAUUGAAAAUUGUGACGAACUCAUACAUUUUUUGAAAGAAACCAAUCAAAAGAUUCCCGAUCAAUUGAUGAUGAUGUCUGAAGACCUAUUUUAUUUAGAGACAUCUUGUACAUCACCUCGCCACCUAAUAGAUAUUGAAAUCUAA